AUUCAAUAAUAGUGACGUGCGUGCUCACUGCACGGAGGGGAUUGAUAUCCGAUAGAAGAAAUUCGAAAGGUUAUUUUGUUUAAUUUUUAAUGGUUAAUUAAUAUGAAUUUAGGAAUAAAGUGUUUAUAUAAAUGAAAUGAAAGUGUAGUCAAUAAAUAAAGUCGUUAUCAAUCAAGUUUACCCAUGAAUUUAAGUUAGAUUUUGUUACCGCGGGAAAACUGUGAAACGUUUGACUAGUAUAAUGGCCGCAAAAGCGCCAAUGCUUUACGUGUUUGCUCUUAAAGUAUGAAAUUUGAGUCCAAAUAAUGCUUCUCCAAUGCUUUAUAUGAGAUAAAGAAAUCAUAAUUGAGAUGGACAUCAACGCUGAGGUCUCAACACAGUUGUCUCUGAUCGAUGCCCUCCUGAGCGACCUUGACAAAACAAUUACACCAUGUGCUAGCAAAAAGAAUGAAAAAAAAGAAGAAGAGACACAGGAUGCCAUGCCAGACUCUACAACCAAUACGGAAAAAAAUAAUGCUAAUCCAUUCCAUUGUGGGGAUGAUGUACUGGUACCAAACAAAGAUGGACGAUAUUAUUUAGGAACAAUAGUAGAGUUGAGUACUAGUAAUGACAACGACUCAUGCGAAGUGGGGACGGGGACUGCGCGAUGUUUAGUGAAGUUUGGGGAUGGGACGCACGCGUGGGCGCCGGUGGCUUCGUUGAAGCUGCUGAGCGCCCCGCCGGCGGACGACGGGCGCAUCAUGUGCGUGGUGUGCAAACGCCGCGAGGGCCCGGCCGCCAGCCCCGCGACCAACGCGAUCAUCGCGUGCGACAUGUGCGGAAGAGGCUACCACGCCAAGUGCCACUCGCCGCCCGUCGACGCAUGGAUUAACGGUGCAUCAUGGCACUGCAAGAGAUGCGUGGACCAAAGGUACAGAGUGGCCGCGGCGGAGAACAGGGCGCUCAAGCGAUCAGACUUGUUUAGAUUUAAAGGAGGACAGCAGAGGAGACAGCAACAGGAACUCACUCCACCCUGCGAUACCGCUUCAACGACUUCGUCGGCGUCAGUAUCGGAUGCUGGUAAAGACCAAAAUGAAACGCAUUGUUACUGCGGCGAAAAAAGCGACUGGCUCGCACAGAUGUUACUAUGUUGUCGAUGUUCUCGUUGGUUUCACCAAAGAUGCGUGUCGAGUUUACAAUACCCGUUGUAUGCCGGCGAUAAAUUGUAUAUAUUUGCGUGUGCUCAUUGCAAUGGCGGAGCGGAAUAUCUGCGGAGGCUGGAGCUUUGUUGGUUAGAUCUGGCGCAUCUCGCGCUUUAUAAUCUCACCGCGUACAAUGCGCCUAAUUAUUUCGACUUAGAUAAUGUUAUAAUGCCGUAUAUCAUGGAUAAUUGGCAUGCAUUGCAAUUACCUGAAAAGAUGUGGCGGACUCCAGUAAAAGAGCGCCGUGAAAAGAUAUUAACUGCGUUAACCUCUUCUCGUAAGCGAUUUAAAUGCGGACGUGAAAUGAAGAAGCGAGCCACUAUCUGGGGUCUACGCUUGCGUCGCCCGCCGCCGCCGCCUCUCCAACUAUCUGCAUUGGAACAGAUCAAAAAAGGAGAACCAUUGACAGACAAGUUGGUGAGGGAAUAUGCACCGCGACUUAGGUUUCUACCGCGAGCACCAUCACCUCAGACAGUUGUUGAUGACAGUUCUCAACCUUCUAGCAGUAACAUUGAUAAAAGUUCCUAUAAAAACCACAAUCAACGUAUGAUAGUGCCAGUUGAUGGUCAUUGGCUAAACCUGAUGAUGGGCAAGCGGUUCCAUGAAAAUCUCAACUCUAACUCAAAUUCAGAAAACGAUUCUACUAGUUCCUAUGAGUCUGUUAAACCUACUGAAAACGAUGAACAACCAUCACCAGCACCUUCUAUCUGCGCCUCUUCACCUAGAACUUCUGAUGCCAAAGCCGAUAAUUUAGAAAAAAUAUCAGAGCUGACUGAAAUAGUAACCACAAAUGAAGCAAAGUCAAUUUGUGAUGAACCCCCUCCUGUGCCAUCUCUCAACACUUCUUUAGUUUCAUGUUCUGUAAAGUUAGAUAAUAUACCCAAAGAGAAUAUAGUUGAUACAAACGUGAGCAAAAAUGACGUCACGAACGUCAAUAUAAAUACGCACACGACGAGGAUAGCUACAAUGAACUUAGAACUAUCUAAGUUAUCUACUAAGAACAUUAUCGAACAUUCCAAAAUAAUGUCUCUGCAUCACAUGGAUAGCUUUCCACCUUACACUAGCAACUUCACCCAUGACAUGGAGUCCUCAGGGGACGAGACCUCCAGCAGGGGCACGCUAGACGCUAUUAUACCACCGCUAAAAGAUUUCCAAGGAAAAAAUAAUCCAUUUUUAAUGCAAAAUAGCUACUCAUCUAAGAGACCAUUCUUAUCUUCAAAUGUAUAUAGCAAACUAAAUGGGAAGCAAAACAAUCAUCACUCACGAUUCUCGUUACCGGUGAACUUGAAUCCAGCUAUGGGUCCAUUUGUAAGGCCGAUGAAAAGAAAACUUAGCGAAAAGGAUAUUAUAAUUGGACCUAAUGGUGAGGUAAAGAGAAGGAAAUACAGAAGGCCUCGGAAAUAUCUACAACAACAGUUGAACAAGUCGUGUCCUCUGCCAGACGACAACAAUAAACCUGCUCAAAUCCCAAACGAAAAUGGUGAAGUCGCUCCUCAAGCAGGGGCACACAUCAAUAACGUGAAAUUUCACGGUAGAAGACUGAGACAGAGACAGGAGAAGAAUUAUUAUGAAAACGCAAGAAGAAAUACGAAUAAUAACUCUAGUAAUAAUAACAGCGUAAAAAGUUUACAGCUGAGUCCUCACAAAGCUAACAGCACUGCCGCCGAGGUGAACGCAGAGCAACUGUCCGCCUUGAAGUCGAGUGUACAGUCGUACUUCCGCGCCGGACAAACGUUCCACGUUUUAGCGCGACGUCAUGCGCCGGGCGCCGCCCCCGCCUACCUCAUAGAGUGGGAUUCUAACGCCUCCUAACGAGGAAAGCCAAAUAAAGUAAAAUAAUCGAUAGACUUUGGAUUGAGAGUCAGAAAGCAGACAUCUAUUUUCAGACCUUUAUAACAAUACAUUUACAUUAGAAUACUUCUAAGACUGUUUUAAGUCUCAUAAAAUAUCAGAUUGACAUAAUUAACAUCAGUUUUGCAAAUGUAUUUUUUCUUUGCUAUACUUGCAAUUUUAUGGGACUAUUAAAAUUGAAUGCUAUUUUUGUAUGCCUCCCUAUAUUUUUUGUAUCCUUGUAACUCACGAUUAGUGAUAAAAUUAGAUUUUUGUAACAAAGCGCUGGUAACUUCAAUAUGCUCUCAAACUUACAUUCAGAGUUCGUCAUCGACAUAUUAGGCUGAACUUGAGGAUUGGCGAAUAUGAAUUUAUUUAAAAACUAUACAUAUUAUUAAUGUAAUAAUAUAUAAGUGCUUGUCUGUAGUCUAGAUGUACAGUAAGAUCAAGGAAUGUGAUAUAUUAUUAUUCCAAUUGGA